AUGGCAAGUUUUUUAUUAACAAAUAAAGGAGUUCAAUUUAAAGUUGAUAUUGGAGAAAGAGUACUUCAUAUCCACUCUAUGAUUCUCAAAACAACACCAUCCAGAGAGGCUUUAAUUAUUCAUACAAAUCAAUCACUUAUGUUAUUUACACCAGACGAUGGUAUUUUACAUCCAGCAAAUCAUAUUGAAUUAAAUGUACUUCAUAUAUUUUCAUCAAAAGGAACAUUUACUUGUAUUACACCAAAUGGUCAAUACCAAUUUUCUGUUGUAAAGAAAGAAACAUUAUUUUCUAUUACUAAUACAAAAGGUUGUUUAUUUCCAUAUUUAUUGGAUACUAAAAAGUUUGCUGCAACAAUAUAUUCUGCUUGUGGACAACAACAAAUUUUUUUAUUACACGAGAAUGGUAAUUUAACAACUCUAAAACCUCGGCCAAUGACCUAUGUGUUAAAUCUUCCACAAGGAGAAAUAAAAGCAAAUAAAAAUGUUGUUGUUAUUAGAGGAAAUGAAGAUACUCAUUUUAUUCGAUUUAGUGAAAAUUUAAUAAUUAAUCAUAAAAUCCUUGCUAAGUGUUCAUCUAUUGCUAUAGGAAAAAUAUAUAUUUUUUGUGGUAGAGCUGAGUGUAUUGAAGUAUUUUCUGCUUUGAAUGAAUUUAGUAAAAUAGGAGAGAUUGAUUUAAGGCAAUUUGGUGUUAUGGGAGAUUUUAAUCCUGUGGAUAUUAAAAUAGCAAGAAAUGGAAGUCUUAUUGUUAAUUAUCAAAAUCUUGGGAUUACGAUAUUUGAUGGAUAUUGGAAUUGUAUUGGGAAAUUAUUUAAUGAAAGAAAACUAGAAUAUGGAAUCAUUAGUAUUGGAAGAGGAUCAUUGUGGGCAUAUGAGUCUAAUGUAUUUACUCGAUGGGAGGUUAAAGAAAGUCUUAAUUGUGAUGAUAUGAUGGGACUUAAGGUUGUGUUUGGGAAAGAGAUUGGAGUAAUAACUUCAAAUGGGAUUGAAUAUUAUAAAUAUUCAAAUGCAUUUGAUUCUGCAAUUGAAAAUGGAUUUGAAAGAAUUUCAUUUUACAGAUAUGGAAUGGACAUUAUUAUUUUAGCGUUACGUGAGAAUAAUUUAUAUGUUCAUCAACUCAGUAAAAAUAGUGUAAAUGAUACAAUUAAUAUCAUUCAAUUAGAAAUACCAUCAGAAAGAAUUGCUAUUAGUUGGACAUUUUCUCAAGAAAAAAUAGUUAUUUUUCAACAACUUGUUAAUGACCAUAUUUCAUUACAUAUAAGUGUUGUUUCAUAUCCAGAAUUUGAACAUCUUUAUGAAAAUACAAUUACAAUUUAUGACCGUCAUGAACUUACUUCUAAACAAUCACUAGUAUCAUCACCAUUAACUUAUAUGAUACAAGAUUAUAUUAUUCCAGAUAACCCAUUUUCACCUACUUUCGAUGAUUUUCCAAGUGGAAAUAGUAAAUUAUUAAUACAAUCAAAUGAAGAUUAUUAUUUUGUUAUUAUAUCUACAACUUCUCCUCGUUUAACAGUUUUUAAAAAAAUUGAUGGAGAAGGAAUAUUUGAUAUUUCAAUGCUAUUUUCACUUAAAAUUUGUAACGAAGAUAUUGAUAUUGUUACAGCAGAACAUUUUCCAAUUUCAUUUUAUUUACAUUAUAAUCAAAAUGGUAAAAUUCUUACACCACACCAUUUGGUAAUUCAGUGGGAUUCAGGGUUAUUAACAUCAACCAUUUAUAAUAUUGAUGAUUUUUCUCAAAUUGAAAGAUGUGAAAUUAUUUCAAAUAAAGUUCAAAAUUAUUUAUCAUUUAACAAUAUUAUUAUUUCAUAUCCACCAUUAAUGUUACAUGGUUCUCAUUCAUUAUCAAUGAACACCUUACCUUCAACGGCUAUUGUUUUAUUUCAAACAUAUAAAAUACCAAAAUUAAUGGGUUCACAAUUUACAAUUACUAAUGAAAUUCUUUGUAUUGAUCAAGGUAAUAUCGUUCCAAUUCCUUGUGCAUCUCAUUUGAUAUUAUUACAUUUAUUAGAAGGAAAAAAAGAAGAAAUGUCAGCUGAUACAUUAAGAGAAUUGUUAAUCUUUUCAUUGGAUAUUUUUGAUAAAAAAGAAAUCACAAAAGAAGAAUUUAAAAAUUUACAUAAUGUGUUUAAAGAACAUUUCAUGUAUCCAAUUUUAAUUAUUCGUAUUUCAAGAAUUAUUGAUAAUUGUUUAUGGCCAAAAUUAUUUUCAGUUACUCCAAGUCCAAUAGAAUUAUUUGAAAAUGUAUUAAAAAGUGGAUAUCAAAAUGAAGCAGCAGCAUUUAUUAGAGUUAUUGAUGUAAUGAUGGGAAGAGAAAAAGCAUUAUUAUCAACAUUACAACUUCUUGAAAAUGUUAGUGUCAAUUUAAUUAAUGAUAUAAUCCAUUCAAUUUAUCAUGGAAGAAUAUUAGAAAAUCCUUCAGAUAUUGAAAAGAAAAUUUCAUCUUCAAUUCAAAAAUAUAUAACAGGUAAACUUGCUUAUGAAUUAAAAGAAGGAAACGUGGAUGAAGUAUUUUCUAUUAUUGGGGAUAGUCAUCCUUUUAUUAUAAUGUGUUUAGAAGGAGUCCAAAAUAAAAAUGUGAAUCUUCUUCAAUUACACCACUCUUGUUAUCAAUUUGUAAAAAAUCAUUCUGUUCAAGAAUGUUUUAAUUUUGGUUCUCUUUUAUUAGAUAACCAAUUCUACAAACAUACAAUUCUGAUUGGAAUGCAUUCUCAAAUAAAGAAGUUAUUGGUUUUUCCUCAAAGUGCUGAACUUUUUGAUGAAAUGACAAACCAACUCGAACCUUUUGAUGCUGAGUUUUGUACCUUAAUGAAAAAGCUCAGACCUGCUAUUUAUUAA